UUGCGGCAGUUUCUUUUUUUUUUUUUUUUUUUUGCAGCUCUGGUGAAGGUUCUGUGACUUUUCUGGCUCUGGAAAAAAAGCAUCUGUCCAAUCCGUUCUGUUUCAUCACGACGCGCGUAACUGAGGACUGCAACCGUAAAUUGUGCAGAUUUAUGAACACGAAUUCGUUCUGCCUGCAAACAGGUUGAGUAAACAUGCUUUAAGUGACGUCCAAAAGUGAAGAAGCGGCGUGAGACUUGAGUUUGCGCACCCGCAUGAGUGGGACCAUGCAAAAGCAGCACAGAGAGCAUACAAAUCUGAGGCUGCUGCUGCUUCUUUCCCUCUCCCUCGCGAUCCUCUCCUCCGGAGUGCAGGCUGGUGGGAAGAAGCACAGUGGCCCAUGUGGGGGAAGAGACUGCAGCGGUGGUUGUAAAUGCUUUCCAGAGAAGGGUGCCAGGGGUCCCCCAGGGCCUCUUGGUCCUCAGGGACCACAGGGACCCCCAGGGCGAUCGGGGGAUCCUGGCAUUCAAGGACAAAAGGGACAGAAAGGUGACCAAGGAAUGGGUGGCAUGUUAGGUCCAAAAGGCAGCAUGGGGAUGACUGGUGUACCUGGGUUCUCUGGAAACGAUGGCAUUCCUGGCCACCCAGGACAAGCUGGAUCCAGAGGGAAGCCAGGAGCAGACGGCUGCAAUGGGACCAAAGGAGAAUCGGGGUUCCCAGGAUUACCUGGUUUCAUGGGGGCUCCUGGAAAUCCUGGACAACAUGGCAGGAAGGGAGAGAAGGGAGAUGCUCUGGACGUCACCGUGAUCAUGAAGCGUUUCAGGGGAGACCCAGGGAGACCAGGAGAGAACGGACUGGAUGGGCCUCCAGGAGUACAAGGGUGGGAAGGUAACAGAGGCCCUAUAGGACCCAAGGGUCCUCCGGGUCCUCCAGGUGUUCGUGGACCAAAGGGCACCAUGACCAAAGUGCUGAAGGGAGUCAAAGGACAGCCAGGGGACAUCGGACCACAGGGCGCACCAGGAAACUACACUACUCAGCAACGUCAGCCUAUCGUUGGACCACCCGGGUUACCAGGUGAAAAAGGAGAAAGCGGAGAUGCGGCAGACAACAUAGACGGCAAAGGAGAAACUGGUAUAACUGGGUUCCCUGGGCCCCGGGGUGAAAGUGGUGCAGACGGACUUCCUGGUCUGAGGGGUGAACCUGGUGAUCCAGGGCUGAGUGGCAGCGAUGGUCCUAAGGGAGUCAGAGGUGAUCCAGGAGAGCUGAUUUCAUCAGGAGCUCCUUGGCCUGAUGGUGGUCUUCCUGGAUCCCCUGGUGAGAUGGGUCCACAAGGAGAGAGGGGUCCGAUCGGAGACCAAGGCUUCCCCGGACCUCCUGGACUUCCUGCCGCUGACACACAGCAACAAGUUUGGGAUUUCUUCGGCCCUCUUGGUUUUAAAGGAGGGAAAGGAGACAAAGGUCUAACAGGAGACCAAGGAAGACCUGCUGCCUUUCCAGGACCCCCAGGAUUCGAUGGACCUCCGGGGAGCAGAGGCCCCCCUGGACCCAAAAGAUCAUGGAAAGAGUUUUUUAAAGGAGAUGAAGGAUUCCGGGGAAGACCUGGCAACGCAGGAGCUAGAGGAUUUAAAGGUGAUCAUGGAGAAUGUAACUGCAGUAGCGAAAUGUUCCCCCGUGGUUUACCUGGUCCUGCCGGUGAGCCAGGUGAUGCUGGAAUGACCGGAGAGUUUGGGUAUGAUGGGGAUAUAGGAGAACCAGGUCCCCGAGGAGCCAAUGGGUUGCCUGGAUCUAUUGGCCCUUAUGGUUUUCAGGGGCCCAAAGGUAGAAAAGGAGAAACCGGUGUCGCAAGACAAAAAGGAAAUCCUGGAGACCCUGGAGAUCCAGGAAAUGAUGGAGGGGUAGGGAUACCUGGUGCUCCAGGCCCAAAUGGUCUUCAUGGUUUGCCUGGUAACCGCGGUCCUCCAGGCGAAAGACCCAGGGGAGAACCUGGAGACAAAGGGUUCCCUGGAUGGCCCGGUACACCAGGUCCUGCUGGGGUUGUGGGAAUACCAGGUGAAAACUUUGCAGGUCUCAAAGGACAGCAUGGUCCACCCGGAGAUGAAGGCCUCGCCGGGUAUGAUGGAGUUCAGGGAACACCUGGAAGUCCGGGCGGCUGUGUUCCACAUGGAGAUGGAGGACAGGUGGAUGUGACAGGUGCUUGUGAACCUAUCCCAGGUCCUCCUGGUCUGCCUGGACCUCCCGGACUAAGUGGAAUAUCAGGUUCCCCAGGAGUUCCUGGCCCAAAAGGCUUGACAGGUGUAAGCGGGAUCCAGGGAGAGAAAGGAGAACAAGGAGAGCGAGGCACAGGCGGCUUUCCUGGACCACAAGGUUUUCCUGGUCCCCGUGGAGACUUAGGGAUUCCUGGCAGUAAAGGUUCGGUAGGGACCCCCGGUGAGCCCGGUAUGGCUGGCCGACAUGGGUCUCAGGGCGAAAAGGGUGUUCAUGGAGAAAUAAUGGGAGCAUCACCUGGGCCUUCAGGUGACCCAGGAGCACCUGGUCUGCAAGGAAAAAAGGGCCACAGUGGGGAUCCAGGGCCGCUAGGUUUUUCAGGAAUAGCCGGUAUGCCUGGCAUGAUCGGUUUCAAGGGAUUGAAAGGCACCCCAGGCUUGCCAGGGGAAGAGGGAAGACCUGGGCCAGCUGGUACAUAUGGCUUUCCUGGUGAUUCUGGUAGAUCGGGCCCACCUGGUCCUGCUGGUGCAACUGGAGAACCAGGAAUAACCGGGCAGAGAGGAACAGAAGGAGACCCAGGUCCUCCAGGUCCGAUAGGAUUGAAAGGAAUGCCAGGUGUUUAUGGAGAUGGUGGCCCCACUGGACAGCAUGGCCCACCAGGUGACCCUGGACAACCAGGCUCACCUGGACGACGGGGAAUUCAAGGAUUGAAGGGGCAAAAAGGUUCUCGUGGAAUGUUUGGUUUUGAGGGUGUUGAAGGAAAUCCUGGUUUGAAGGGCUAUGAAGGGCAAAAAGGAGGGCCUGGAGUGCCUGGUGAAGUUGGCCUGAAAGGACAGACAGGCAUAAAGGGAGAGAAAGGUGAGUGUGGUCUGACAGGUCCACCGGGGGUGAUGUCCCCUAAGAUGCUUCUCCACAUAAAGGGGCUUAAAGGAGACCAUGGACAUGAAGGCAUUCUGGGUUUUACGGGGCCAAGAGGUGUCAAAGGUGGCCAAGGUGUGCCAGGCUCUGAUGGAGCUCAUGGUCUUCCAGGGGAACCCAGCAAUGAAAAGGGUGUCUAUGGAGAUCCAGGUGCACAGGGCCUGCCAGGGAUUAAGGGAAUGCCAGGGUCACCUGGAAACAGAGGCAUUCAAGGCUUUGAAGGAAUGCAGGGCAACAAGGGUGGCAAAGGAGGCCCUGGCGCCUACGGUCAGUCAGGAGUGAAAGGAAGGAAGGGGGUCAAAGGUGACAAAGGCAUUCGUGUAGACCUUCCAGGAUCUCCAGGACUGAGAGGAGAUGAUGGAUUCCCAGGAGAACCAGGUGUGAAAGGAUUGCUUGGACCAAUUGGGGACAGGGGUAUAACUGGAUUUGAUGGUAUCGAAGGGGUAAAGGGAGAAUCCGGGGGUCUGGGAACAGUAGGAUACCCAGGUUUGGAUGGGGAGAGAGGAACUGCAGGUAACCAAGGUCAAAAGGGUUUUCCUGGAAAUCCAGGGAGAGAUGGUCCACCGGGCGAUCCUGGCUUCUCUGGAGCUACAGGUUACCCCGGGCUUAAGGGUCUCUAUGGAUUAGACGGACUGAAAGGCCAAAAGGGUGUCCAAGGAACACCAGGGCCGGACUUUGUGGGACCUGCUGGAGAGACAGGAGUUAAAGGACGAAAAGGAGAAAGCGGUAUUCCCAACAGCCAGCCUGGUGCUCCAGGUCCAGAGGGUUUAAAAGGCUUCCAGGGACCUCAAGGUGACUUUGGCCAACCCGGACUGCCAGGAUUUCGUGGCCUUCAAGGACCAGACGGGACCUCAGACAUUCCGGGCCCAAGGGGGGAUCCUGGCUUUCCAGGACCUCCAGGAUUCCAAGGUUAUCCUGGAGCAAGUGGACAGCCUGGUGUGGAUGCAUUCCCAGGACAGAAAGGUGUGCCAGGAGAAACUGGGUUCCCUGGUUCCCCUGGUAGGAGAGGAUAUAGAGGAGAUCCAGGUCCAGCAGGGUACAGGGGCCAUGAUGGAGUGUCUGGAAAGAAAGGAGUGAAAGGAGACCAAGGUUACAUGGGAGAUCCUGGACAGAUUGGUGUAAAAGGACAAAGAGGACCAGUGGGUCCGAAAGGAGAAACUGGAUUCCCAGGUUUUCCUGGGGCACCUGGCAGCCGGGGUCCGCCUCCAACCUUUGUGACAAUUCCAGGAGAAAGAGGUCCUCCAGGACCACAGGGUAUCCAAGGCCCAAAAGGGUUUACAGGGGAGCCAGGACCUCGAGGCCCACCUGGAAAUGCAGGGUUCAUGGGACCCAUUGGAGAAAAAGGCAUGCCAGGAAUUAAUGGGAUUCCCGGAAUGCCGGGAUUCCGUGGAGAGGUGGGCAAUGUGGGGCACCCUGGUCUCCAAGGCAUGGAAGGUCAAAGAGGCAGGCCCGGAGGCCGAGGAUUACCUGGUAUGGCUGGCCGCAGUAUCAGCGUGGGCUACUUGCUCGUAAAACACAGUCAGUCAGAGCAGACGCCGAUGUGCCCCGUGGGAAUGUCUAAACUGUGGGAUGGUUACAGUCUGCUGUACCUGGAGGGUCAGGAGAAGGCCCACAACCAGGAGCUCGGUUUGGCUGGUUCCUGCCUCCGACGGUUCAGCACCAUGCCCUUUCUGUACUGUAACCCUGGGGACAUUUGUUACUAUGCCAGCAGGAAUGAUAAGUCCUACUGGUUGUCAACCACUGCUCCCCUUCCCAUGAUGCCUGUGGAGGAAAAAGAAAUCAAGCCAUACAUCAGCCGUUGCUCGGUUUGUGAGGCUCCAUCAGUCGCUAUUGCAGUUCAUAGUCAGGACAUCACCAUCCCACAGUGUCCUGUGGGCUGGAGGAGCCUGUGGAUUGGCUACUCCUUCCUCAUGCACACGGCAGCAGGAAACGAAGGCGGCGGUCAGUCCCUGUCAUCUCCUGGCUCCUGCUUGGAGGACUUCCGCACAACACCGUUCAUCGAGUGUAAUGGAGCCAAGGGCACAUGCCACUACUUUGCUAACAAACACAGCUUCUGGCUGACAUCAAUAGACAAGUCGUUCCACUCUCAGCCGUCAUCGGAGACGCUAAAAGCGGGCCAGCUCCUUUCACGCAUCAGCCGCUGCCAGGUCUGCAUGAAGAACCUGUGAGGAGGACCUGAAGUUCUCACCUGAGUCCAUGCCAACAAGUAACACUAAUCCAGAGCUCAGAUAUGCAAUGAUUGUGCAAUUCUUCGAGCUUUAAUGUGCACUGUAGACACAGCAGGAAAAGCCAUAUAAUAAGAACAACUGCACCAUCAAACAACUGUAUGUUUUUAUUUCUGUUAUUUUUUGUGUUAAAUUUGUUUUGGUGCUUAUUUUUUAACUUAUUACCUCAGUUAUAGUGAUACGUUGUUAAGCAUCAAAGUACAGCUGAACCAAAGAUGUUUCUGCUAACUAUGUAUUUCUUCUGUGGUUGAGGUGUUGCAGAUCUACAAUAGAGCCACUAACACUGCCUCCCAGUCAGCUGAGGGGGUCAGAGGUGUAUUUUAAUAUCCUGCAUCAUUUUAAUUGCUUGUUCAAAACCUAUUUUUCUAUAGUCACAGCACGCUGUGCUCUUUUUUUAUGCAUGUAUCAACUACUGUUAGCUCAUCUGUUUUUCAUAUGUUCACUGAAUGCACUGAUUCUGUUUAGACAUUUAAAUUAAAGGAGCUCGACCCUC